AUGUCCGUUCGUGUCCUAGUCCUAUACAUCCGUGAAAGGACAGACGACACUCCUGGAUACCGAUUGCCCUAUUUACCAUGGAAGGAAUGGCUAUAUAAAAUCACCAGACUGCACGAGCUUCAUAUGGACAUUGUAAGUGAGGAUACUAGCGAAGAAAUCAUUGCUUUCGUCAGGCAGCUGCGGAGCAAGAUGGUGGUGGGUGGCGAGCAGGUGGGGACCGAGAGUUUCACGCUUGGCCGACGAUCAAUUCCAUCCGUCUCGUGGACGGCCAGAGAUCCCCCUAAUUCACUUGCUACAGGUUCAACCCUUCCGGAUAUGGAGGAAAACCACUGCUGGUAG